UCACACCGUUGACAAAACAAGGACAGAAUCAUACAACUAGAGCAACGAUUUUCUCAGAUGAUCUGAGGAGUUCAGACUGAAUCAAGAUGCUGGUGAUCAUUGAAGCUCUUCUCCUCAUCUUAGCAGCUCUAGAACAGGAUCACACAGCCGCUGCUGUAGAUCGGAUAAUUUCAUUGGAUAUGGCACCAAAUUCUGUCGAUGACCAAUAUAAAGGCUGUAGAGACAAAAUGGCAAAUCUGGUAAAGACCGAAUAUCUGAAGAAGGAAAUGAGCAACUCGGAAAAAUUCAGAAGAGCUUGGAAAAAAGGGGAAGAUUUUGUCAAGGACCAAGUUGAUAGUUUGACGAGAAAUAAUUUAAUUGCAAUUUAUGUGUACAGCGAUGCUAGUGUAUAUGAUGAUUUCAAUUCUAACACUCGCAGUGAUAAAAUCGAGUACAAAAAAAAGAAAUACAAGUGGUAUUCAUUUCACUUUCUGUUGACUGAAGCGGUUCAGGUUUUGAAGAAAACACAAAAGAAAUGCUUUUCAACUUUUCGUGGAACUAAAAUUGAGUUUAACAAAAAUGUGUUGAACAAAAAGGUUCGUUUUGGCUCGUUUGUGUCAUCGUCUCUCGAUCGUAAAAUAGCGUCAUAUUUCGGAAACAAAUCAUGCUUUGAAAUCAAAACUUGUAAAGGUGCAGAGGUCACGAAAUAUUCCAAACUUCCGCAUGAGAAAGAGGUGUUGAUUCCUCCGUAUGAAGUUUUUAAAGUCACUGCUGUCAGCAUCAGAAAAAAUACAAAUAAAAAAAACCUUUGGUGCGACACUGUGUUCACUUUAAAAUCCUCUGGGGAAAAAAGUGACCUGGACUGUGCUCUGUUUAUGAAAUCAAACAAGACUGUAGCUAAAUACAAUGUCAUACAUUGAAUUUCAAUGUAAAUCAAUGGGGUGUGCAUAGUUAGUGUUUUUCAGUCACCAAUAAACUUCUGGUGAAAGGUUUAUGUGACUAUUUUCAAUUUCAUAA